CUCCUCUGUUUUGUAAUUCAUGAGUGCAGAAAAAAAGACGGAGAUGAUGUGCUAGAAGAGCCCUCAUUUCUCUGCUGUAUGCCAUUGAAGGAGAUCCGCCAAGCCGCUUCCCCAAAAAAUCUAUCUCAUGCCAUUAUCUUCGUCGCACCACCGAGUCGUUUCGUUCAUGCACUUACCGUCUCUGCUGCUGGCAGUAGGUGGGCUGUUUCACAACUGGCUUUGCGUCCGAUGCCACGACCACGAGUCUCGCGAAUAUGAUGGCCUCUCAUCUGUGGAGCGAACAAGCGAGGGCAGCAGCGUGCUUCUGCCCGGUCGUAACCCCUCGCAGACGCAGGAGCGACGAAGAGGACCAGCGGCACAUCAAGAUGGUGUUCAAGAACUUCUGCUUCCUAGAGCUGCUGUUGUUGCUGCGGCAACCGCACUAACCGCCGCCCCUGGAUCUUCUUCGAGUCGGGAGCUGGCCGCGGAGCAGCUGCCGGCGCAGCAACAUGCGUACCGCUACAGGAGCUACCAGGAGAUUUUGCGGUUUUUCGCGGACCUGGAGAAGAGCCACCCGCAGUUCGUGCAGACCUGGGACGCCGUCGGGGAGCUGUUCCCCGACGUGGCGGAGGCGAAGAACUGGGCGACCUGCGGGAACGAGGUCUGCAAGGUGCUGGUGGUGCGCCUGACGGACGAGGCGAAGUUGACCCCCACGACGCCGGAGAUUUUCUACAGUGGCGAGCUGCACGGGAACGAGCGCAUCGGGCCGCAGGUGUUGUAUCAAAUGCAAAGAAAUCCGUCUGGGUCUGGAACAGUGCUGGAACUUGUGAUGCGUGUCUUGCAUUGCUGGAAAAUCUGUGAGUGUUGUAUGAGCAGCAAAAGAGGAGCUUGCUUUGUCAUGCAAAAACGCAGUCUGUGAUGCGUGCACGUGCUAGGCAUCAGUAGGCGUGUCAAAAACUUGUCACGCUUGGCUGCCAUUGCAAGUGCUUCAAUCAUGCUCAAUUCCGCAUCACAGGUUUCCAGACCCCGACAUAUUUGCAAUGCAUCUGUUGGUGGAGAUGGCCGAGGAGCUGGUCCGGGCCCCGGAGCGGUGGAAGGCCGCGAGAGGGGCCGCGGGCGGGAGUGGGAUGAAAAUAAAUCCGUCUGCGGCGGAGCGGACCUACCGGGACCUUACGUGGCUGCUGGAAAACCGGUCGGUGUACCUGAUCGCCAUGAGCAACCCGCACGGGUACUACCACAACACACGGCACGAGCGCGGCAUGGACCCCAACCGCGACUUCCCGUACCUGCAGCCGAAGUGCAUGCAGACGGUGACCGCGCGCGUGAUCAACGAGUUGUUUCGCCAGCACCUGUUCCGCGCGAUGAUCACCUUUCACGGUGGGACGCGCGUCCUGUCCUACGAGUGGGGCAGCAAAAACCACGUAAAGCACAUGAUGUCCACGGAGGCCCCCGACAGCGCUUUGCAGGUGGACAUCGCGAAGAUGAUGCAGGCGGCCGCGGGCAAGCAGGGUGCCCGUAUGUUUUACCCGAUCGGUACGAUGACGGACACCAUCUACUGGGUGGACGGCGGUAUGGAGGACUGGAGUUACGCGGCCGGCUGGGAGGGGCCGCAAAUCAUCCAGCCCUGCCACACCAAGACGUACAAAAAUUACCCGACCGCGCGGACCACCUACGGAGCAGGGUCGGGAACGGAUAUUGAGAGGAAAAAUCCCCCCUCCCCAUAUCGAAAAGGUAUGUUUCCGAAAAUUUGUCUUGCUGAUUUGAGACCCCAAAUCAAGUCUGUCUUGCAAGAAGACAACGCCGCAGGCUCUGCCGCACUAUGCAGGCGGUUUGUCAUGCUGUUGGGCCUACAGCAUAGACGUUUCUCAUGCUAAGCGCCUAGGCCAAAAGCUCUCUACUCAGGCUUGGCAGGAGCCUGCAGUCCUCGCCAGCAAGACAGAUCUGAUUUGGGUACGCAAAUCCAGCAUCAGAAACUUCGUUUUGAUAUGGGGAGGGGGGAUUUUUCCUUUUGAUAACCGACAUCCGGACCCUUGUGUAUCUCGUCGAGACGGACAAUGCAAAAACGCCUCCGGCGAACACCCUCGGUAUGAUAUUUAAGGCACUUCUUGACGCGAUUCAAUAUACGUGUAUAUUUAUAUCAAGCGUGUUUAGUGUUCUAAAAUUUUGAUUUAUUGUGACAACGAAAAGUUCUUUCAGUGACUACGUUGGUCGUGUACUAGGUAACUCCGGACAACUUUGGGCGGGGACGGACAGUACCGACUCUUCGCAUGUUCCGCGAAACCUGCGCAUGAGCUUGAAGCUACUGGAGAUGAUGGAACCCGCAGUCCGGGUAACCGCGGACGGGAAUUCCUUUCACGGCGUGGGCUGUCACACCAUCGAUAGUGUGCAACUGGUGCAGGUGAAGGACAAUACCGACCUCGCGCAGACCCGGUUCGUUGGCUCCAAGGAACAGGAGACGGCGGUGGUGGCCCGGGUGCUCGGAAAGUGGGAGAAGCUUCCCUGCCGUGGCCUGGAUUUGUGGGGGCCGGCGGGGGGUGCGGCGCAGACAGCCGACGUUCCGCUCAACGCAACCGUCACUGCCGCGAUCGCACAAGGUGGCGGAAAAAUCGCCUUUGUCUUAUCGAGGUGAAGAUGAAAUAAGGUGCAACGGCGGGGGCCUCAGAAGUGAAAACGAAGAGUUCUGAUGAAAAAAAAAAUUUUUUUUUCCAAUGAAGAACUUUCUAUCGUAUGCAUAGCCAGAGAAGCAGCUGCGCUGGGACGACCUUCUCUGCGUCAGAUCGUUCUAGGCGUCCCAAACAGGUCCCACAUGAAACGCCCCGCGCUUUCAUCUGUGCCUUUGUGCGAGACAGAUUGUCCUCUCGUGCAGCAAAAAUUUGUACUGCCCGCACCUGCGGGGUGAUCAUGAAUGUUUCAAUCGGGAACAAGUUUCGCAAUAGGAAUGCUUUGUGCCAGUUCUGGGAUGGUCCUUGGUGCACAAAAAAACUCUUCAACAUGAUAGCUUGCGACUUUUGAUCAGGAUUGGGGGAAGCAGACGAACCCCGACCCGAAGCUCCCCCCGCAAACGCACCUGGCCAAAAGCCGACUGGAGCCCAGCUACAAAACGACGGUUAAGGACGUCCGGAUCGAAACCGGGCGAAUCAAGGUGUUUGCCUUUGCCGAUGCAAAGCUACGAGGUUCAUCUGCAGUUUCGGUGCCCGCCAGUACGACCGCCGCACCCGCCGUGGCGACCACCACCGCGCCCGCCCCAGCGAAGGCAGCCGCGGCCACUAGCACGACAAAGGCGCCUGGCGGGGUGACUACUUCUGCAGCGGGAGACGGCCAAAAGGCGAAAACAAAAAUUUCGCUGCCUGUCGUCCCCGCAACCGGAGCGCUCGCAGGGAAGGGUAACAAUGUGCCGCGGGAAGGAAUAACAAACCCGGCCGCAGGAGCCGCAGCAGCAACAGCAGCGGGUGCAAAAACUACUUCUAGGGAACAACAUCAAGAUAGGAACGAGCAGGCGGCGCGGAGCGUGCAGUUUUCCUUGCUGCUGCUAGUCGUCGUGCUCGUGCUUUGCAACUUUUCAGUGGUCGUGCGCACGACGGAUUCCUGCCUGAACCUGGUCCGGCGAGCGGCGGGACAACCGCAGAAGACGCGGCGUCCGGACCUCGAGCAGCGCUUCGCGCUCCCGAGCCUGGAUGAGGACCUGGAGCAGGGGGACCGCUCGUUGAGCGGUCGCGAAAACCACGAUCCAGACUCUGACUUGACGACAGAUCCCGAGCAGCUCUCACAUAGUCACAGCUCGAUUGCUGAACCGAAACGAACCGAGCGCCGCUCGUGACACGUAG